AUGUCCUGGAUACCUGACCACACAGAGCCAAAAACUCGCUUGCGACUAGUCAUCCCUCAGCCACCCAAAUAUAUAUCGGCCCUGCUCACCGCUGCCCACCAAAAGCCUCAAGAAAUUGACGAAUUACUUAAUCCUCAUCUUCUCGACCCAGCUCUUCCUGCAGCACUCGCAUUCAUGAUUCAUGACCUGACGACAAACAAUGUUACCCCGCCGCUAUACUGGGGAGGUGAACCGGCAGUCUCACUAAACAAAUAUUUGACUUGCAUGGUCCACGCAACAAUGAUAGGGCGGGCAUUCGCUCUGCUUUCCACGUCUUCGCCCGCGCCGGGCGAAAAGACCGAGGACGAUAUUUUGGCGGCUGCAGCUGCUUUGCCAAUGGAGCUUAGACUACGAAUCUAUUUCACACAUUACAGCGAAUUCCGCACCCAAUGCCGUAGACUUUGGCAACAAGCGCUUACCCCUGUGUUUGUCAAGGCACUAAUGAGCGGUUCAGACCCAGCUCCUGCUUCUCGUUUUGCUGCUGCUAUCCUGGUUCUCACUUGCUGGACUACUCUCGAGUCCGCCCGGCCCCCAAUUCAAGGCAGAGGAACUGACUAUGUCUGGUUUAAUGGAAGUUACAGCACGGAGUUGUGGGACCUCGACCGACUCAAGGAUGGUAUACUCGCCACAUCCAAGCUUCCGCGGGAAAACUGGGAUGUCAGCUUUCUCCAGGCUGAUAUCAAUUCGCAAAGUGGAGAAGGACGGAGAAUCGUCAUACCAGAGUAUAUCCCUCUGGAAUGCAUAACCAUGUUAGACGCAGCACGAGAACAUAUUUACAACGGCGGGAUCGAAUGGCCGUUGAGAGACUACAACAGCGACGAGGUUGUGAAGCUAGUUUUACACGUCUUGGAAACCUCGGCGCAAGCGGCGGACUCUAACGAAUAUGAGGCUCACGGUAGCUGGGGAAAUCAUAUUGAUGAGGCCCAUGCGGAAUGGGAGGAGGCAAUGGAUAAGGAGUGGGUACAAGAGAAGAAAACAAAUCCGAGUCGGUCAAAAUCCAGCCGCGGAAAAGGAAGAGGGAGGGGAAGAUAG